UAACGACAAAGGAAGUAUGGGCGAAAACCAAUAACGUAAUAAUUAAUUACGAUACAUUCCUCGCUUGAAGAUAAGUUGAGAAAAGAAUCAGUCUCGUCUCUUCUACGGCGUUGAAGAGAAUCUAAAGAGAUCAUCAUCUGAUGGGUCUUCUCUCCAACAGAAUUGAUCGAUCAUGUUUGAAACCUGGGGAUCAUAUCUAUUCGUGGAGAACUGCUUACAUCUAUGCCCAUCACGGUAUCUAUGUUGGAGAUGACAGAGUCAUCCAUUUCACAAGACGUGGCCAAGAAGUUGGAACCGGAACCGUUCUCGAUCUCAUACUCGUGAGCUCAGGCCCAUCGCGAGCCCACACGCACUGUCCAACGUGCGUUCCACCCAACGAAGGCCACGGCGUCGUUUCCUCGUGCCUAAACUGUUUCCUAGCCGGCGGCGUCUUGUACCGCUUCGAGUACUCCGUCAACGCCGCUCACUUCCUCGCCAAAGCCCGUGGAGGCACCUGCACGCUCGCGGUCUCCGACCCCAACGACAGAGUCGUCCACCGGGCCAACCACCUCCUUCGAAACGGGUUCGGAUGCUACGAUGUUUUCAAGAACAACUGCGAGGAUUUCGCGAUAUAUUGCAAGACGGGGUUGCUUGUUCUCGAAGGAAGGACGAUGGGGCAGAGCGGUCAGGCUGUUUCGAUCAUCGGCGGGCCGAUCGCUGCUGUUUUGUCCACGCCGAUGAGGCUUGUGACGACGAAUAUCUAUGGGAUGGCUGCGACGGCGGUCGGUGUGUACUGUGCGAGUAGGUACGCUACUGAUAUCGGAAUGAGAGCUGACGUAGCGAAAGUUGAAGUGGAGGAUCUCACAAGGAGGCUCUCUGUAGGGUUGUUCCAAGUGAUUGAGCCUACAGUGGCAGUCGUAGCUUUGCCAAACGCAAGUUGAUAGAUAAAGCAUAAGCUUCAUCUGUUACUUUCUUGUUUCAGUGAUGUAUCAUGUGUUGUUUCCAGUUACCUUUCGUAUCCAAAACAUUCUAAUAAGCAAACUCUACUUGGAUACUUAUAUCUUUCUCAAGAACAAGUGAUUGUUGUGUGUAAUAUAAUGUUGAUACCGGUUUUAUAUAAAUUCUUAUCAAAUAUAAACCAUUGGUGC